AUGGUCGCAACUGGAAGCGACCAAUCUUCAGAAUAUUCCAAGAAGAAUGACGAUGGCAUCGUCCUUAUUCCUCAGCCGAGCGAUGACCCGGAAGACCCCUUGAACUGGCCCAUGCACAAGAAAAUUACCAUAUUCGCAUGUAUCUGUCUGGCCGGUUUCGCGGGUCAGAUGUCGCCUAAUUCCAAUCAACUCACCUUCGUCUACCAAAUCCCAGCAUAUCACAAGACUCAAACCGACCUACUAAACUCGGUUGCCGCUGGUCUAGCAGGAUGGGUCGCAGGGCCUUUCUUCAUCAUUCCUCUUGUGGCUGUCAUCGGUCGCAGUUCAGUGGUACUCUGGAGUCUGGUGGCUAUUUUCGCCUGCCAGAUUUGGGCUGCCGAGAUGACGGGUGCUGAUGACUAUAUCUCCUUCACUAUUUCGCGGCUGUUCUGCGGCAUGUUCGGUGGUAUUCCUGCUAUCCUGGGUAGCGGUUACAUCAUGGAUAUGUUCUACCUGCAUCAGCGGGGUAAGGCAUUCGCCAUCUUCGAAGUCCUUAUCAUUUUUGCUGUCGUCGGCGGUGGUACUCUGGGCGGUUUCAUUGCCGAGCAUAAGCCCUGGAACUAUGUCUUUUGGUGGACUCUGGGCCCUGUGGGUGCGGCCAUCAUUGCCGUGUUUUUCUUUGUUGAAGACACUACUUUUCCCCGGGACCCAUCCAUGCCGAAGCGUGCUCCCCUUCCCAAGGGCUGGCUUGCCAAUCGCAUCGCCACCUACUUGCCGGGUACUAGGACACAACCAUCGGGCAAGGGACCAGAAUUCGUCCGCAAAGCAAUCACCCCCCUCCAGAUCACAUUCACCCCCAUCACACUCCUAACAGGAACCUACAUCUUCAUUGCCCUCGGUCUCCCCAUCAUGCAAGCCUCCACCUUGGCUACCUACCUCGAACCCCCCGAGGAAGCAGGCGGAUAUGGGUUCUCCUCCCUCCAAAUGGCCUUCUUCACCAUGACAGCCUGGGUCGGAAUCAUCAGCGCCCAAGUUUACGGCUUCUUCUUCAACGACAAGACACCUCUCUGGCUCGCCCGUCGCCGCGGCGGAACCUGGCACACAGAAUACCGACUCGCAAACACCAUCUUGCCGAGCAUCAUCCUCCCCAUCGGCCUCGGUAUCUACGGCGCCGGCCUCGAAUAUCACCUCCACUUUAUGGUUCUGGCACUGGGUUCGUUCCUCAUCUGGUUCGGAGCCCUGCUUGCCCUCCCGGUCUGCUAUAACUAUAUCAUCGAAUGUUUCCUGAAUAACCCCGUCGAGGCUUCUGUGUCGCUUAACGCGUAUCGGGUCUCAUUUGGGCUGAUGUCUGUGUUCAUCGUUACGCAGUGGCAGUCUUCUGUUGGCGUGGGCUGGAUGUGGGGGAUGGGUGCGUUUUUGAUUGUUUUUGUUGAUAUCAUCAUGGCGGUGAUUAUCUUAAAAGGGCAUUUGGUGAGGAAAUGGACUGCUACUCUGGGUAGCUCUUUGGAUGUUACUGAGGAUGGAGCGAAUAUUAGCGCGAAGAAGGAGGGUGGUGUGUGA